AUGGCGGAUGCCAGUAGCUCUCACACAAUAAAAGAUGUGGAGCGGUCGGAGGUCGAAGAGUUUGUCCAAGAACACCUCUGUGGAACAUUAGAUGCGCCAAAGACGGGCAACAAGAAUUUGCUGGUGUUCCAUAUGCCCAAAUUCCACUCACAUGUGAAGUGCGCCAGUGGAAAGUUUGACCAGACGCAUUCCGGAGGAUCGCUGAAGUACUACAUCAAGACGAAAACCCUGGUGUUGCAGCAGGGGUACCAUAACAUGGAGCAUGCACUCUUAAUGGACCGCCUGCAUCCCCACCGAGACACGUCUGCCUCUUCAGAUGAGUUAGUGUUCAACCUGCGGCAACUUUGGGAAGCUUAUUCGAAUCAGGAGCAGCCCAUGUGGCGAGAUGUACGUGAGAGACCUAGGUCUUAUGACGGGUCCUACCUGGCUUCGGGCAAGCACCGAGGCGAGACUUUCAAGUCAGUCUAUGGCGGUGGCAACAACAAAUAUGUCAAGUGGCUCACAAGUGGAGAGGCAGAAGGCGAUCCAUCUCGCGGCAAGACGUCGCUUGGCAUGCGUAUGUUUUAUGAGUACUGUCUUGCUCGCCAGUCUCAGCCUGACAAUGAUGCCACUGCAAAGCGCUGCAAGAAGCGACCUGCUGCGGCAAUGGAGUGA